AUGUCCCAUCAUGAGACUGUGGCCACUGACUCCACCGCUGCCACCUCUGAGAAGAGGUCAGUAAAAACUCUGUUUAAUCUGCAUACUGUAGAGGACCUCCACAAAAUGCCUGCCUCCAAAAUUCUGGCAGAGACGGGCACAAGAAGGGACAUGCAGAUGCGACAUUUCACUGGUAAGCGUCCUCAGCAUCCUACUGCCCACCGUGUGCUUUGGUUGAUUUUUGAGCUGAACGGAGAGGAGAUUUUGCGUGAGGAUCCACAUGCCAGCCUCCUUCAUCGUGAGACAGAAAAGCUCAUUGAAUACAAGACUUACAUGCAAGCCCUUCUGUACUUCGAUCAGCUCGACUAUAUGUCUAUGAUGACAAAUGAGCUGUGCUACACUCUUACCAUCGAGAAGAUGUUGAAAAUUGAGGUGGCAGAAUGUGCAAAGUGGAUUCGAACAUUAUUCAGAGAAAUCACUGGUAUGCUGAACCAUCUCAUGGUGGUUCCAGCGCACACUAUGGACAUUGAAAAGCUAAUGGAGUUCUACGAGCGCGUUUCCGGUGCUCGCCUGCACGCGGCAUACAUCUGUCCUGGUGGUGUUGCAUUUCACCUUCCGCAUGCACUGCUGGAGGAUAUCUUCCAGUGGGUGACUCAGUUUAGUUCGCAGGUGAAUGAGAUUCAGGAGGUUAAGGAGCGGACGAUCAGCAUCGGCGUUGUCACGGUGAAGGAGGCGCUCGAUUAUAGCUUCAGUGGUGUUACCCUGCGAGGUAGUGGUGUUUCAUGGGACAUCAGGAGGGUCGCUUCAUAUGACAAGUAUGACGAGGUAGAGUUCGACAUACCUGUCAGCAAGAGUGGGGACUGCUAUGAUCGAUACCUCUGUCAAGUGCAAGAGAUGUGUGAAUUGCUCCAGAUCAUUCAUCAGCAUCUGAAUAAGAUGCCUACCGGAGUGUACAAGAUCGCUGAUCACAAGCUUUCUCCUCCUCCUCGCUUAUCGAUGAAGGAGAGCAUGAACUGGUUGAUCCACCACUUCAAGCUGUUCAGCGAGGGCUACUCUAUCCCUCCAGGUGAGAUGUUGAUACGCACCGAGAUAUUCUGCGAUCGGAAAAAUGCCAGAAACUGUGUCUGA